AUGGUAUCGCUCGGCAGGCCCCCGGAAUUUUCCUCUCGGAGGCCAGGCAGUCGGAGCAUUUCUUCACCAGCUCGGUUCCCCACCGGGCCGCUUCGGCAGCGGGCAGCCCGUGCGGCCUUGGGCUUGGCCGCCAGCCCCGGCGGGGCUGCGCCCCUGGCGCUUCACCCCGCGGCUGAGACCGCAGCCGGAGGCGUGUCGCCGAGGAACGCGGCCCGGGGGCCGGAGGCAUCACCACAGCCCAGUGCCAGCGCCCGAACGCCCACUUAG